AUGGAGAAGUGUGACCUUGCAAUUUCCAAAUGGAUGAUUGAUGCUGGUGUGCCAUUUAAUGCUGUUAAUUCAUUAUAUUACCAGCCAAUGAUUUAUGCUAUUUGUAGCAUGGGUCCAGGGUAUAAAGGUCCAAAUUUUUAUAAAGUUCGUGGUCAUUUGUUAAAUAAGUGGGUUGGAGAAGUCAAUAAACUUGUUAAGAGUUAUCGCAUUGUUUGGAAGCAAACAAGAUGCACUAUUAUGGCAGAUGGGUGGACUGAUCGUUAUAGGAGAACUCUUAUCAAUUUUCUAGUUUACUGCCCAAAAGGAACUAUUUUUCUCAAGUCGGUUGAUGCUUCAAAUGCUUCUAAAACUGCAGAUUUAUUGUAUAAGCUUUUUAGAGAUGUAGUGUUGCAUGUUGGCCCUGAAAAUGUUGUUCAGAUUGUGACUGAUAAUGCUGCAAAUUAUGUUGCUGCUGGAAGGUUAUUGGAAGCUGAGUUUCUUAAGAUUUUUUGGUCUCCUUGUGUUGCUCAUUGUGGAAGGGAAAUUCUUCGUCCAGCUCCUACUCGUUUUGCCACUAAUUUUAUUGCAUUACAAAGCAUAUUGGCUCAAAAAGAUGCAUUAAGGGCUAUGCUUACUGAGCCACUUAUUCGUGUGUUACAUAUUGUUGACAGUGAAAACAAACCUGCCAUGGGUUUUCUUUAUCAAGCUAUAUUUAAAGCUAGAGAGGAGAUGAUAAAGAGAUUUCAAAGAAACAAGAAGAAGGUGGAACCUUACAUGAAAAUCUUAGAUCGUCGUUGGUAUUCACAGCUUCGCAAAAAUCUUCAUGCUGUUGGUUAUUGGUUGAAUCCAGGUUGUCAUUACAAUGAUGAAGAAUUUGAAAAACAUAAGUUCACAACAUCAGGCCUUUUGGAUGUCAUUGAGAAAUACGCUUAUGGGGAUCCUGAUUUAAAUUCUAAGUUGACAAGUGAUAUGAGAAUAUUCAAAAAUGCUGAGUUAGAUUUUGGAAGGCCAUCUGCUAAACGCGAACGAAAUACCGUGAUGCUAGAUCAAUGGUGGGAAUCUUAUGGAUGUGGUGCACCAAAUUUGCAAAAAUUGGUUGUUCGUGUUUUAAGUCAAACAUGUAGUGCUUCGGGUUGUGAACGCAAUUGGAGUGCAUUUGAACAUAUUCAUUCGAAUAAGAGAAAUAAAUUAGAGCACCAAAAGCUUAAUGAUCUUGUCUAUGUCCGUUACAACUUGAGGCUGGCACAAAGGAAUCGAUUGAAGAAUCAAAACUAUGAUCCAAUAAAUUUUGAAACAUUUGAGGACCAUUCUAAUUGGGUACUAGAGGAUUCACCACCAUACUUAACAGCUGAAGAAAUGGAAACCUUACGGAAUGAGCUUGCAAAUAUGUCCUUUCAACCAACUCUAGAUGAUAAUGAUCAAUUAAAUUUGGAUGAUGAUGAUGAAGAUGAGGCACAAGACAACACCAUGGAAAAUGCAAAUCAAACUGAAGGCAAUGUUGGUCAAGCUUUGGAUUUAUUUGAUGAAGGAGGAGAUGAUGAAUUAAUUGACACAACUUUGCCUCUGUGGGCAUAA